AUGCUUACCAUGGCUAUGAAUUCCGGUGACCAGAGAUCAAUAUCAGAAAAUAUGGAAUCUUGGAAAUACACGGCAGUAAAUAGUAUGAAGAUUCCUCAUACCCUCAACGAUGCUGAAGCUUACAUUGUUGGUCAGUGUAAUAUAUGGAAUGUUGGUCAACGAACAAUAGGAGAAAAGUUUAUACAUGACUUACGACAAUCAAUUCAUCGUUUCUAUAAUAGUUUUGUGGGUGGUCUCGAAUAUAUGGAUGAAACGGGUGACUACUGCUUCUUACUCGUUGUAGUAAAACCACAUGUUGAUAUGCGACAGAAAAAGAUUGCCCUAUGUCAUCAUAAAUUAUCGCGAUCUAACAUUCGAUCAGGUGGACUUGAUAAUGUAAUUAUUGAAGAAAGCAUGGCUUUGUCAUGGUUAAAACAGCGUGCAUGCGAUGAUUUAUGUUUAUCAAGCGAGCAACGAGGAUACUUGAUGUCGUGUUUCAUGGACGGUUCAGGUACUCAUGCAGGCAAAGCUGUGAUAUUUUCAUGGGAAAAUGGCAAAAUUUUACAAGAUGAAGAAGCUAACAAUAUCAUAAGAGAAAGCAAAUGGAAUUCGUGGAAUAGUGGCUGGCGAUACUAUUCAGUGAACCGGGCAGAAAGUGGUUUUUUAAGUAAAAUCCCAGAAAUAUUUGCGUACAGCAAAUCGUAUAGCAAUGGUGAAUCGUUUCUAGAACAUUUAUCAAAUGAUAUCAAAUCUUUGAAAUAUCCUACAGAAUUUUCAUAUCCAUUAAACUUUGGAGAAAUCCCUUGCACGCUUUCAGUUGUAGUGAUCGAGAAAACUCGAUACAGAGUUGAAAUGGCUAUU